AUGACUGGCACCAGUUUUGGAGGACAACGAAGGAACCGGAAAACAUUCAACAUUCUACCUUCUUCGAAUGGACGACGUGCCAAGAUGAGUGGGGACGAGAAAAAAAUAAAAUGUGACGAGGAGAAGUCGCAGAAACGAAAACUUGAUGCCGGCAGUGAUGCGGUGAAGUCGGCUAAUGAUUGGGAACAUGUCGACCUCGGAGACGACAGCAGAAAGAAUAAAUUUCUUCGAUUGAUGGGUGCUAGCAAGAAAGAGCACCAUGGUAAAAUUGUCAUCGGCGAGAAGACUUCCUCGCACGGUCGAUCCAAGGAAGAAGCAGAGAAGCUUUCAGAAGAUCUGGAGGAGCAGUACAAGCAAGGGCUGGAGAUGAAGCUCUCGGGCCACACGAGGAAACACGUGGGCCUCGGCUUUCAAGACGACAACGACGACGAUGGUGGCAACGGCAGCAGCGGCAACAACCUCAGCAGCAGCAGCAAGAAAAAUGACGACGACGACGAUGAAGACCACCGACCUCCCGGCCAACGUCAUCGUCACAGGAAGACGAGUAGAGAUAGCAAUAAAAAGAGAGAUCAAAACACUCAGGACGAUGAUACUAGCAAUAAUGAUAACAAUAAAAUUAACAAAAGUAGAGAUAACAAAGAGGAUAGGAAGAAGAGUAAAGAUGACUCUGAAAGUUCCAGUAAGAAGGGAGAUAGGGAUGAAACUGGAAAGACAAAAGAUAAUGAGAAAAGUGAGGGUAAAAGUACCACCGCAAAAAAGUUUGGUCUUUUUGUUAAGGCGGGUGAUCUAUGAAAAAAAAAACUGACUGGAGAUGAUUUACUUUGUGGUGCAACUGAUGCUUCGUGUGUCUGGUUUUUAUGUUAGAGUGGGGUGUAAUGUUUAUGAACUCCUAUAAUCGUUACUUCAUCUAUUUUAUUUUAUUUUAUUGAAAAAUAAUUUUACGACUGACUGGUUAUUAUUGUUUAAAAAUUUGUGUGUGUUUGUUUGUGUGUGUGUGAUGUUAUGUUUUUAAGCAUAGAAACUACAAUUAUUAUUAUUAUUAUUAUUAUGUUUUGUUCCUUCUCUUAAAUUAUAAAGUUAGCAAUGAAUAUAGAAAAUUAUUGCUUCGCGCACAUCUGCAGCAACAACUACAACGGGAUAACAUUUUUGUUCCCUGUCCAAACAACAGUGGAGGAGGUUCUUCAAAAUCAAGUUUCACAACUCGAGAAUAAAAUAAGUUAUAAAUGUUCCUGGAACGCAAACUUCAAAAAAAAAAUAUUGGAGAUUCAACUUUAAUGACAAAUCGUUACGAAAAAACAUCGUAUCAACCCCGGGACAGCUUUCUUCAUCGUAGUUUCUUUCCUAAGCAGUUGUAUCACCUUUGGACCCGAUUUUGUUGCGAAUUGAAAAUAUUUUU